GUCGUGUCGAGUCACAUUUUACAAAUUCUCUGCGAAAAAAAAAAAUAGGUUGACGAACGACCAAAGCAAAACAGAAAACGACAGAAAAUACGAGUUUAAAAGCGGAAAAAAGAACGAAACGCAUAGAAAAAAUUGUGACGUCAAUACAAAAUGUUGGUUCUCAUCCUAAGUCUCACAGUGUUGUUUUACCUGUUUGUAUAUUGCAAGCAAAAAUUCAGUUUUGGCAAGCAUGAUAAGCUUAUCGCGGGACCUCCAGCCUUGCCUAUUUUGGGAAACGCCCUCGACUUUAUCGGAAUUGGAGCAGAAGCUACCUUCAAGAAGUUAACAGAGCUCGAAAAGCAGUAUGGAACACGAUUUCGCAUCAUUUUGGGUGCCGAUUACUUCGUAAUUGUCUCCAAUCCGGAGGAUAUUGAAGCAAUUCUCACCAGCAACAAGGUUUUGGAAAAGUCAAAUGAAUAUUAUUUCUUCGAGAAAUGGCUUGGCGGUGGUUUGCUCAUCUCCCAUGGACCCAAAUGGCAUGCACGACGCAAGAUCCUCACGCAUGCCUUCCAUUUCAAGAUUUUAGAUGACUUUGUUGCCACAUUUGACUCCAAAGCUGACAUUUUGGUGGAUCUAAUGAAGAAAGAACUGAACGGAGGGAGCUUUGAUGUGUGUCCUUAUGUGACACUUUAUGCCUUGGAUGUCAUUUGCGAAACUGCAAUGGGCAUCAAAAUGGACGUACAAAAGGAUUUGGAUAACGAAUAUGUCAGCAAUAUAGUCGAAAUAUCCGCGUUGUUAUAUUGGCGAAUUUUCAACGUAUUUGCCCGUGAAAGUUGGAUUUAUCGUUUCAUGCCGCAGUCAAAACGUCAAGAAUACCUCGUUAAUCGCAUCCAAGACUUUGUCAUGCAAGUAAUUGGCAAAAAACGUAAGGAAUUUGAAGCAAACAAUGCCAGUGUUGAUGAAGCAUCGAAGAAGGAUGAAGAAGAAUUUGGUGUCAAGAAGCGUCUUGCUUUGUUGGACUUACUUUUGAAUGCGAAACACGAAGGACAACCAUUGACUGAUGCUGAUAUUCAAGAGGAAGUCAACAAUUUCAUGUUUGCUGGACACGACACGACGACAUCUUCGAUCGAAUUUAUGCUCUAUAAUUUGGCCAAAUAUCCAGAAAUCCAGAAAAAAGUUUUCGAUGAAAUUGUUGAAGUGAUGGGACCCGAUGCAAGUGAACCAAUUACUUUGAGAAAACUGAACGAUUUGCAUUAUUUGGAUUUGGUGCUGAAAGAAUCGUUGCGUGUGUUCCCUCCUGUACCGAUGAUUAAUCGGCAAACGCGCGAAGAUGUCGUUCUCAAUGGCAAACUCUAUCCCGCUGGAAGUACUCUUGUGGUCUUCAUCAAUGCCAUGCAUCAUAAUCCCAAAUAUUUCAAAGAUCCAGAAGCAUUCAUUCCCGAGCGUCAUGCAGCAGAAAAAAAUGCUGACCUCAAGAACCCUUUUUCGUAUGUGCCGUUUGCCGCUGGUUUCCGCAACUGCAUAGGACAGAAAUUCGCACAGUACGAAAUCAAAUCUGCUAUUUCGAAGUUGUUGCGGCACUAUGAGUUUGAAUUGGGCGAACCAGACUUUAAACCGACAUUACUUGCGGAGUUGAUACUUAAGCCAGCGAAUGGUAUUAAAUUGAAAAUUAAACCAAGAGUGUAUUAAAUUUGUACUUCUACUUUUUUUUUUAUCCCUAACGACGCUCAAACAUGUGUUAAACGUGACUUAUAUAAGAAAAUGGUGUGAUUUUUGUAAAUAAAUCAUUUUAUUUUAAUAAAUUCUGUUUGAUUU